AUGGCUAGUGUUCAAGAUAUAUCUGUUUCAGCUGUGAUCAACUUUAUAUCUGCACUUGUUUUCCUUUUGGCUUUUGCAAUUGUAUGGCUUCAGCCAAUCAAUGACAGAGUAUUGAAGAUCUUUGUUCCUAUCACGGCACUUUCUUUUGCGGUUUUAGUGCCUAACAUGCCUCCUAAGAAAAGAAUAGAUAGUUACACCUUUUCUCUGGCUGGGUCACAGGGUGGUAAUCAUUCUCACCAUAGUCAGAAAAAUUCAGCCCCUGUUCCAUCUUCAGCUAGUGUGCCCACACCUAACUUUGGAGAUGUCCUUGUUAGAAAUGUCCCACCAGAUCCUGAUGAAUCAGUGAGCGUGCAUGUUGAACAUUUCUUUCAUGUUAAUCAUUCAUAUCAUUAUCUUUUGCAUCAGGUUCUUAAUGGAAACCCGUACAACAGAAAAUGCAACAUGUACAGUUUUGGCAUAUGUUUGUGGGAGAUAUACUAUUGUGACAAGCCAUAUCCUGAUCUCAGUUUCUUAGAAGUGACUUCAGUUGUGGUUCGCCAGAAUUUGAGGCCAGAAAUACCCAGAUGUUACACAAGUUCCCUUGCUAAUGUGAUGAAACAAUGUUGGGAUGCUUAUCCUGAUAAGCGGUCCGUAUCCAUGAUAGAGGCUAUUGACACAUCCAAAGGUAGGGGAAUGAUCCCCAUUGAUCAAUAA